AUGCCGUGCCGUUGUACAGGUGUUAAGCUGAAUAAGUGCAAGUGCGUGUUGGACACGGUAUAUCCCCUCAGGUCCGAGGGGUCGAACCUGGUCCUCGUGAGGAAUGAUAGCGAUUGCCUCCAGCACAGACUGGCGAGGCGCGGUAUCCUCUACCGACUGCUGGAGUGCAUGUAUGGGAAAUGCGCGGAGUAUAAUUUACGAUACUGCCCGCUGCGAGGGUUCAUCAGACCGGGCAGUCAGCUUGGUAACACGUUGAAGGACCUGCUGGUGUUGGCGUGCUUCAUCGUAGCCAACUUCGUGGUGUUCCUCACGAUCGUCUCCAAGAUCAUCAUCCACGUGUACUUCGGCGUCAAACACACCGCGUGCUGGCUGAGGAGGUGUAUAGAUCCGAAGAUGGCAGAAGACCGGACCCUAUUGUCCGGAAGACAUGACUACUCACCGCCGAAUGCAAGAAUCUUCCACUGACACAUUUUAUAAUAUUCAUUUUGUAUGUUU